AAUCACAAACGAUAUUUUGUCACGUGUGGAGGUCGAUCCCGAACACCUUGAAAAGAAUACGGUAAUAUCAUUCACAUAAAUAAUAAUAUAAGCAAAAAAGUAUUUUAACUGGUUUUUAUAUAAUUUUUUUACAUAAUAUUUGUGCAAUAUUUCUCCAGCCAUGGCAUCAAGGAGUCUUCUUAGAAGCUUAUGGACUACAUCCACCAAAAUAUACAAUUUUAGUAAACCAUGUCUUACAUCUGCUCCUACACUUAGAUUAAUGACUGCAAGAUCAACUUCAAUUAAACAAUUUCACACAAGCAGCAAACUUUGUUCCGAAAACAUUGUGACAAUUCAAGAUGAAAAGGAUUGGCAAAAGACUGUUCUUAAAAAUGAAUUACCCGUCAUUGUAGAUUUUUACGCCGAUUGGUGUGGACCUUGCAAAUUAUUGGCUCCAAGAUUGGAAUCGCAAAUAGCUAAAUAUACAGGAAAAGUUAUCCUGGCUAAAGUUAAUAUUGAUAACUUUACUGAAUUGGCCAUUGAUCAUGGCGUUGAAGCAGUUCCAUCUGUUAUUGCCUUUAAGGAUGGGGAACAAACCCAUUCGUUUGUUGGCUUAAAAGACGACGCUGAAAUUGAAGCUUUCGUAAAGAAAACUAUUACGGAAGAAUGAUUAUAGUUUAUUAUUAGUUGAAUACUUGUACUUUUUUUAAUAAAAGAAUUUCAUUUGAAAUAGAUGACUUAUGUUUUACAAUUUGUCUUAGCAGAAGGAAGAAAAUAUCUU